GAACCCAGCCUCACUCCGCUGCACCGGCCGGGCCUCUCACCACACCGGCCGUUCAUCUCACUACACCCGCUUUCCGUCUCUCAAAAUCGGCCGACCACCAGAACAUCAUCACUGCUUCCAGUGUCACCAUGAAAGGAGUGAUCCUCCUUAUGCUCUUAGGAGCUUGCUGGGGCUUGCGUGCUAACCUGGAGUACAAGUACCGGUACAGCGGAAGGGUUGCCUCCGGUAUUCCAAGCCUUUUGCACCAGUUCGCUGGAGCAGGUUUGCAGGCUGAUGUUACCGUCCAGGUGACCGGAGAUCACAAGAUAUUUUUCAAGCUGGACAACAUCGAAGUCGGAGAAUACCACGACGUACUGGAAUGUGACGACACUCAAGCUCCUCUGCCCAUACAUUACCAUCCUCUGGUGGAGGGCAAAGAACUCCUGGAGAAACCCUUUGAGUACCAUGGUGUUGACAGUCCGGGUAAACAAUGCCUGAAGCUGCCCGAGGAGCCCGUGUGGAUCACCAACAUCAAGAAGUCGAUUGUGGGGAUCUUCGGGAUCCCUCCCAUCUUGGGCACCUUUCGAAGGAAUCCUAACAUCUUUGCGAAGUCAACUUUUAGUGUGAAGGAAGACAGCUUACAUGGAGACUGUUUCAGUUGGUACUCUCUUUUCCGUGUGCCUGAGGAAGAGGCGGCUAGGGAGAACAGGGAGAGGGAUACAGUGGUAGAGCAAGACGUCCAGCGAGAUGAACAAGAUUUGGGAAGUUAUACAUCAUCAAAGGUUCCUUCCAAGACCACUUCUAAAACCACAAAGACGACAGGCACCAAGACGACAGGCACCAAGACAACAGGCACCAAGACGACAGGCACAAAAACAGGCACAAAGACGCCAUCGCCUGAAAAGUUAACAGCGCCUGAUCGAAUCGACAACACCCUCUGGUACCUGUCGAGAACUGUCGAUUUCGAUUCCUGUGAAGAUCUUGUCAAAUGGGAGAUCCACGGUAACACGAAUACUGACCACAGCAUCCGUCGUACCUCCAUCGCCACCUAUCUUCUCCGUGGUAAUCACAGAGACAUACGUAUCGAGUACGCCCUCAUCGAGGGUUCUGUUAGUGCGUUCACAAGCAGUGUUUCUGAAGAACAUAUCACAACCUUCACCAACCAGACGCUGGAGUUGAGAGCAGUACGACGCAUCUCUCGAGUGUUUGCCAUCGACUACCCGUCGGUGAACCACAACUCCUUCCAUUAUGAAGUUGAUCAUCUUCUCACCGACUUACAGGAACCAGGUCAUGAGUUACAUCCCAGCCUGGAACAGCUGGUCACUGGAGUCCCCAUCGACGGUCAUGGCAUUACUGAAAUCAAGAACCUUGUCAUCAGUCAUCUUGACUUGUUAGCCAAACGAACAACAACAUUCCCAUACAGCAAAGACCCACUGGUGAAGGAUCUGAAACUCUUGGUUGAAGCCGCAGGCUUUCUCAGUCGACCAGAGAUCGAGUCCGUGUUUUCCCAGAUUGGACAGGGUGAACAUCAAGAUAGGAAACAGAACAUCUUCUACGAGGUGUUGAUCGCAGCUGGAACUGAACCAGCCAUCAGCUACAUCUUGGAAAAGAUCAGCGACUUAAAUUUCAGAAAAGCGCAUGAUCCAAUUGCGCAAAAUUUCUUCGACACUAUUCAUCUAAGCGUCAAGAAUCCGCUGCUUGUUCCCAAAAUCUUAGAUGUUGUAAAAGAACUUUCUUGGGAUGAGGAUGACCAGGUGCUCGUAAGUACCGCCCUGCUGAACUUCGCUACGCUAGCCUACGAGCUGUGUCUUUCCUCUGACAAGCGGGAGGUGUUUAGUGACAAUACUUGUGACUCGCAGCAUACCUGUAACCCAGAUAUCGUCUUCGACAGCUACCUUCCAGCGUUGACACAAGGUGUACAGGAUGAGGAAUUCCCUGUGUGGAUAAGACUCGUGUACCUCCAAGCUCUUAUAAAUCUACGCACUCCUCAGACAAUAGACGUUCUGAAGCCUAUCGCCCUUGGAACCAAAAACGAGAACAUUAUCCUAAGGGUAAAUGCUAUCGUGGGCCUGAGUGGUGUCUACGUUCCCAGAACUGCUUAUAAUGUGGCAUUCGACAUCCUGAUGCCAGUAUUUGAGAAUAUUGGAGAAAACACUGAAGUUCGCAUAGCUGCCUUCAUGGCCUUGUCAUUCACGAAUCCCAGCAUUGGUUGGUGGACACGAGUAGCGGUCUCUACCUGGCACGAACCAUCCUCCCAAGUGGCCAAUUACGUCUCUGCUUCCAUUACCGCUCGUGCUCAUGGUACCUCUCCCGUGUCCAAGAAUGCUGCUCGUGUGGUUCACCUGAUCAAACCUCCAGUCACUCUCUCCCUCAGUCACUCUGCUAGUAUUUUCUUCCAAGACAUUCUCAGCAAUUGUGAGGUGGACGCAGUCUUGUCCAUCGGCUGGCUGACAAGUGCCAAGGGUCUCUUCCCGUCAAAGGUCUUUUUACGUCUGACGAUGAAAACCUUCUUCGGUUUCAGCGAAGAAACGAAAGCGCAAAUUGGCCAAGGUGAGAUCAAUGCACUUAUCAGGAGAUUAUACGGACUUCUUCAGAUAGAAAGUCACAAGGAUGCGAGAGGCACCGAAGGGGAAAUCGUUCAAGAAAUGUUUGGUGAGAUCUUGGAGCAGCUGGGUUUCGCUCACACGGCUACAAAAUCAGACCUGAUGAUUUAUCUGAAGCUUAUGGACACCGUCGUCGCUCUUCCAAUCCUAAAAGACUAUACUCAGGUCAUUCAAGCGGCAGUAACAUCGGUGAAAGACAGCUUUCCUCACACGGGGAGAGAAACUGACUUCUCCCUGGUAGUGCCUACCGACCUUGGUCUACCUUUCAUAAUCGAGUACACUUCAGAUUAUUCGUACUGGAUUGACGGAACGUCAACGGGUACCCAGUUACGUCCUGCUAAGACUAAAAGUACCUUCACAUUUAUAUUCGAAGUGAGCGUAGACAAAACCCUUCUCACCAAGACGCUUCUCCCGUGGUCAAAUAAAUUCGCCGUCGGGGCUGGAGUGCACAAUGCACACGCCGUGAUUUUACCUCUUAAGGGUUACUUUGUACUUGAUACUCUAAAACAUGAGAUCAAAUUGUCUAUCGAGGCGCAGCACAGCAGCAAGGUUCUAUUGAAAAAUUCUCACAACUUCCCAUACACUGUGGUGACCGGGCCCUUCCCCACUGCUCUACACCCUCAACAAAGUGAUUACAAGAAGAUCAGGAUUACUAAAGAGGAGACCUUCCAGCGACAUACUCAGGCGCUUCCAGAUAUUUAUGGCAUCUCCGUUGAGUCUUCAUGGUCAGGAGACUUCGAGUUCCCAUUAAAUCUGCACAGUCUCAGUCAAGAUUUAGAACCGUUCACUCCAUCUUACAAGAGCUAUUACCGUCUUGAAUGGGACCCUCAAGCCUCCACUACCAAGAGUAUCACAAUUACCCUAACAUAUGUGACUUCGGAGAGCUCAGGAGAAUCAGAAGAGUUAGUGCAGGUGGGCCAAGAAACACAGGGAGCUGCCGACUUUGGUGACUUCUCACAGGUUUCUAAUGGAGGAGAACAAGAGUUCCAGGAAGGAUCUCGGGACUUCCAGGAGAUUGGUGACCUCGAGCUGGAAACGUUUGGACAGCAACAACAGCAGACAAACUAUCGGCAGCGUAUUGAAAAACUGCAGGAGGAAGUUAUGCCUAUUUCAGGAGGGUAUGUGAAGAGCAUCAGCAUUGGGCUGGAUCUUCAGGGCUCCACCAGCAGAAGCUACGAGACAGUGUUGACGUGGGCCGUCGGUUCAUCUGCAGGUCAGCAUUCCACCAAGAUCCACUUCACCAUAAUUUCCAACCCCCCAGAAGGCACCUUCGAAGACCCUCAUGCUAUUUGCUUUGACGUUUUGGUGCUUAAGCCGAAGUUUACGCCCCUGACCACUGUUGAAGACUUGUUGACUUCCAACUUACAAACCAUCAUCGAGGCUCAAAUUUAUGAUGGAGUAUCAUGUAAAGGAUCACCUGUACUUGAAGGCCAGGGUUACUUGGACGCGAGCGAGGCAGUCAUAAAUCACUUGAAGGAGGAACUGGCCAAGGAAUGUGACCCCGACACCUCUCAUCUUAGGUUAAUUGACAUCAUCACCUCGUCUCUCUACGACCACGCCAACUUCAAAGCACAAUGGACAGAGGACUACCCAUUGGUCCUGAGGAACCUAAGUAAUCACUUGAAUGACUACUUUGAGGGUAUUCUCUUCCCACUUGUUUCCUACGACCACACCGCCACCAACCCCGAGCACGCCAGGGAGAUCGAUGCUACUAAGACCUUGGACACCAACCACUGGACAAUAAGAGACGUUAGACCACAUCUCGUGGCAGUCACCCAUGACCUGAAACUCCCUGCAUUGAUCGAGGAAUUCCUUGGCCCAGCACAGAUGUAUAAAACUUUCAUCUACAACUAUAUUCAGGGACGUACGCCUUCCAAAUGCAAUAUUGAAACAACAAAGGUGAGGACGUAUGACGGUGUGAGUUUCCCAUAUCAGGCUGACAGCUGUUGGGUAACCGCUGUCCUGAGUCAUUCAGGAGCAGAAGAGACACAGUCCUAUGAUUAUGUUAUCUCAGUUCGCUUCACAGAAGAGUGGGAAGUUCGGGUUCUGUGGCCCUGGGCUGGAUUUAACUACGAUAUCACCAAAUCCGUACUGCUGGUGAACGGUGAGGAACUCAAGAAAGGAGACAAGUUUGUUAAUUUCAUUCAGCAAGAGACGGGCAGUCUGGUCAUUUUCAAGCGCCUUGGAUUUUUGAUCGUAAUCUCUGACAAGCUUACAAUUGGGAAGCCAAACGAGUUAAUAGGAAACAUCAACGGUCUGUGUGGUAGACUGGACGGGGAGAAGAGACACGACCUGGUGGGACCCACUGGCUGCAUCUUCACCAACCCGAGUCUCUUCGCUCUGUCCUGGACCACUCAAGGUGAAGGCUGCUCCCUCUUUAGUCUACGAUCAAAGAAGCGAGGCGUAACGCAGUACCAGGAGGCAUGUCCUCGUGAGGACUACAUCCCCACCGCAGUGUCUCAUCCCAAUGUUGUGUAUGACUGCACGCAAUGGGAGUACAAGGAGCGCACCGUCGGAAAUCUUAUAUGUGACGCCAUUGAGCCAACACCAUCUUGCAAACCUAACUGCAAGAAAACGAGGGACAUCAGCAAAGAUCUUAACUACGACUGUAAGAAACUAGUAUCUACCCAGACUGAAGCUUAUUGUCAGCAAAGUCAGGGAAGAAACCUCACCAGGGAGUGCCACCCACACACCCUGCUUACCACCUACCCCGCCUCCUGCGUGCCUCAGUGAUAAGCACGUCACCACCUUCUCCGCCUCCACCUUCUGCGUGCCUCAAGUGAUACACGCUGGUCAACCACUUCGCCUCCUGCGUUCCCCAGUGACAACUUAGAUGCCAUCUAUCAGACCUUCGUGAUUCCGCUAACCUACUCGGCCAUCUGCAUGCCCUAGAGUGACAUAAUACCCAAGUUAUUGUUGAAUUGUGCCUCCGAAUAGGUAUACUUUCGCAAUCAUGACAAUGAACGAGUGUCACCCGCCCACCCAUCCAUUCACUCACAUUUUACAUCAAACAUACUGCUUCUCCGCGUGUCUCAGCUUGAGUCUCACAAGGAUCUUGCAUCACACGGGAACUUAUGUACUACCUAAUUGGUUCAUUCCAUCUCAUAUUUGUUUUAAGAGAUAUAAUCAUUUUAAUGUUGUCUUUUUUCUUUAGCUUUCACCUUCCUUUUGUGAGUUUUGCAUUUGAUGCUUAAGCAAGAAACUUGUCUGCAUUAACGUGAGGGAGUUAAUGCAAGAGAGAAAAUAUAAAAUGGAUGCUCAAUUUUCACUUAUUCUCCGUUUCUUUUUCUUUCCAUUUUCUUUGUAAUCGUUCUCUGUGGGUAUCAUAGUUAUUUCUUUGACUGUGGUCAUCAUAAACUAUAAAGUUAUUAUCUAUUAAGAUACUUUCAACAAGCAAAAAACUACUUAAUCUUUAUUCUCCUUAUUCACUACUGAAUAGCUCUUUUUCUUAAUAAUAAAAGGAAUAAAAUCAAAA